AUGCCAGGCCAAAAGUCCGACUCCAAAAAGAUUGGUAACGCACCCCGCAGGAGUGGGGCUGGCCGUAUAUAUAGCCAGAAAGUUUUUCCAGAAGCAACACAAUCUCCACCAAUCCUCUACACCAUGAUCAAGUACGGAGGCUACCACCAGCAAGCUCCCGAGUACAAGGAAGAAGAACACUACGAACCAGCUCACUACCAGUUCCACUACGACGUCCACGACGAGCACACCGGGGACAUCAAGAGCCAGCACGAGCAGAGGGAGGGGGACAAGACCGAAGGCGAAUACAGCCUCGUCGAGCCCGAUGGCACCCUCAGGGUGGUCAAGUACCACGUCGAUGGAAAGUCAGGGUUCGUAGCUGAGGUACACAGGGAACCCGGCAAGUACAAGCCAGCUCCCGAACCAGCCAACAAGAAGCCAGAGCCAAGCUAUUACAAACCACAGCCAACCUACCAGAAGGCUGGGCCAUCUUACAACAAGCCCCAGCCCAGCUACUACAAACCACAACCAAGCUACUAUAAACCACAGUAUAAAACAGUAGUAUAG